AUGGCAACCACAAUUGAUGAUGAGAAGCAAGUAACGUCUUCUCCAGCGAGAUCAACAAAUGAAGUUGUAGAUGAUGCAUCACCAGCUGUUUCAACGCACUUAGAUGAUAACUAUGCUUUGUACGAAAAUGCUAGGGAUAUCGAGGUUGAUCCUCAAGAAGCAAAGAGGGUGCUUAGGAAGAUUGAUAUACGGCUUAUGCCUAUUCUCUUCGUUACAUAUAUGUUGCAAUAUCUAGAUAAGAAUUCUAUCAACUUCUCAAGUGUAUAUGGAUUGCAGAAAGGAACGCAUUUAGUUGGACAACAGUAUUCCUGGCUAAGCUCAAUCUUCUACUUCGGCUAUCUAUUCUUUCAAUUUCCAUCAGGCUACUUUCUCCAGCGUCUACCUAUCGGGAAAUUCCUCUCCCUAACCACCAUCUCCUGGGGAGUAAUCCUCAUCACAACCCCAGCAUGCGUCUCCUUCGGCGGAAUAGCAACCAACCGCUUCCUGCUCGGUGCCGUCGAAGCUACCGUAAACCCCGGCUUCGUCCUCCUAAUGUCCAUGUGGUACACCUCCGCCGAACAACCCCUCCGCCUCGAAACCUACUACUGCACCAACGGCAUCGCAACCAUGUUCGGCGGACUCAUCGGCUACGCCAUCGGUCACAUUACCACCGGCCUCCCAAAAUGGAUGUACGUCUUCCUAAUCUUCGGCGCCCUCUCCAUCUUCUGGGGAAUCAUCUCCCUCCUCAUCCUCCCAGACCUCCCCUCCACCGCCAAAUUCCUCACACCGCACGAACGACUCAUCGCCAUCAACCGCGUAGCGUCCAAUCGUCAAGGCGUAAAAAACCAUUACUUCCAACCCUACCAAGCCUGGCAAACUCUCCAGGAUCCCAAAACAUGGAUCCUAUUCGUCAUGGCUGUCGGUGCACAGAUUCCCAAUUCCGCUCUUACUUCCUUCACAUCUAUUAUUGUUAAAACAUUCGGUUUCGAUACCCUCGGUACACAAUACCUGCAAAUUCCCGGAGGAGCAGUACAAUUCCUCGCUUUGAUAGCGGGAGGUUAUAUAUGUACUAAAUUCCCGCGUAAUUCUCGCUGCAUCACGAUGAUUGUUGCUAAUACGAUAUGUAUUCUCGGAUCAGGAUUAUUGGUUGGUCUUCCAAGUAGUAAUAAGUGGGGACGCUUAGUAGCGUUGUGGUUGUGCUAUUUUCAGGGUUUGGGUUUUAGUAUGAGUCUUACGAUGGUGACUAGUAAUAUUGCGGGAUACACGAAGAAACAGUUGACGGCGGCGGUGCUUUUCACGGGGUAUUGUGUCGGGAAUAUUAUUGGACCGCAGACUUUUAUUGCGGCGGAAGCUCUGGGAUACUCGGUUAAAUUGGCAAUGGUCGUCGUAUUAUAUAUUUAUAUGUAUACAAGUAAUAAGAAAAGAGAUGCAGAGCAAGCGGUUAGAGGAGAAGUGAGUGAAGAAGAAGCGAGAGAGGCGGUGGAGAAGGGAAUGAUGGAUAUGACGGAGAUAGAUAAUAAGGGGUUUAGAUAUAUUUUGUAG